GCGGGCAGGAGCCGGAGCCUCCGAAUAUGGUGGGGCGAAACGAACAGAAGGCGCAUGUUAGCGACGCUCACAAUUUGAAGUUUGAGUUACAAGGAAGAGCGCUAGAAGGGCGCCAUAGGAGCGGAGAUUCAAUGAGUUCCAAAGAAAAUUGUAGAAACGAGCUUCGUACUGCGAUUCGGCAGCUCAGUGAUCGUUGUCUCUACUCUGCUUCUAAAUGGGCAGCUGAGCAAUUGGUCGGUAUUGAGCAAGAUCCAGCUAAGUUCACACCUUCAAACACGAGGUUUCAGCGUGGUAGUUCUAGUAUUCGUCGACGAUUUCACACGAAUGAGGGUUGUUCAACCCCAAUUACUGGCUUAUCUUAUGUAUCUACUCCGGUGAUGGAGGAGGAUGAGGUUGUGGAUGGUGAUUUUUACCUUCUGGCCAAGUCGUAUUUUGAUUGUCGCGAGUAUAAUAGGGCGGCUCAUGUUCUUCGGGAGCAAAAUGGAAAGAAAUCCGUGUUCUUGCGGCUGUAUGCUCUCUAUCUGGCUGGUGAAAAGCGGAAAGAAGAAGAGGUAGUUGAACUCGAGGGAUCAUUAGGUAAGAGCGAUGCUGUAAACCAAGAAUUGGUUUCACUGGAAAGGGAACUAUCAACCCUCCGAAAAAACGUCACAGCUGACCCAUUUGAACUCUACUUAUACGGACUCGUACUCAAACAGAAAGGCAGUGAAAAUCUUUCGCGCACCGUUCUUGUGGAGUCGGUGAACAGCUACCCUUGGAACUGGAGUGCAUGGUCGGAGCUGCAAUCGUUAUGCACCACAAUUGACAUAUUGAACAGCCUAAAUCUCAAUAACCAUUGGAUGAAGGACUUCUUUCUUGCCGGUGCUUACCAAGAACUUAGAAUGCACAAUGAAUCCUUGGCUAAGUAUGAGAACUUACAAGCUACAUUUAGUUUUAGUAAUUACAUUCAAGCUCAAAUUGCAAAAGCUCAAUAUAGUUUAAGGGAGUUCGAUCAAGUCGAAGCAAUAUUCGAAGAACUUCUUCGGAACGAUCCAUAUCGAGUGGAAGACAUGGAUAUGUAUUCAAACGUGCUCUAUGCAAAGGAAUGCUUCUCUGCCUUGAGCUACCUUGCUCAUAGAGUUUUCAUGACGGAUAAGUAUAGACCCGAAUCUUGCUGCAUUAUUGGAAAUUACUAUAGUUUGAAAGGACAGCACGAGAAGUCGGUUGUAUAUUUCCGAAGGGCACUCAAAUUGAACAAGAAUUAUUUAUCUGCUUGGACUCUGAUGGGACAUGAAUUCGUGGAGAUGAAGAACAUCCCGGCUGCUAUCGAUGCGUAUCGAAGGGCUGUAGAUAUAAAUUCAUGUGAUUAUCGAGCUUGGUAUGGGUUAGGACAAGCUUACGAAAUGAUGGGUAUGCCCUUUUAUGCUCUCCAUUACUUCAAGAAGGCUGUAUUUUUGCAGCCAAACGAUUCUCGGGUUUGGAUUGCCAUGGCUCAAUGUUACGAAAGCGAACAGCUCCGAAUGCUCGAGGAGGCAAUCAAGUGUUACAGAAGGGCUGCAAAUUGUAAUGAUAGGGAAGCAAUUGCUCUGCACCAGUUGGCUAAACUACACUCUGAGUUGGGGCAGUCGGAAGAGGCUGCAUUCUACUACAAGAAGGAUUUAGAGAGAAUGGAAGCUGAAGAGAGAGAAGGACCAAAUAUGGUUGAAGCUCUGCUUUUUCUUGCUACAUAUUAUAAAGCACAAAAGAAGUUCGAUGAAGCCGAAGUAUAUUGUACACGGCUCUUGGAUUACACCGGGCCGGAGAAGGAAACGGCUAAGGAUUUACUUAGAGGAAUGAGGCUAGCACAAUCUAGCUUUCCAUCCAUGGAUGUCGAGCUCUUUCCUCCGUAAGUUAUCUCGGUUGCGACGCCUGAUUUUCUAACCUCUUUAUUCCAACAUUCAGAAACAAAUACAGGUCGGUCCAUACGGAAUAAUAUAUACUGCAAAGUGUUCGGCCUAGCGAUCUGCAUUUCGUUGAAGUUCCAACGUCGAGGUUCGAUGCUUUUAUCCUAUUGUAUUCGUCUUACUCGUUAGCUCAGCUCAGCCCAUCCUAGGCUUGGCUGUUCAUUCUGAAAUGCUCAGUAGAAAGAGCAUUUUGAUGCCUUGUGGAAUCUGUUUUCUGUUGUAUCAUUGUCGAUUGAUUCAUGUAGCGUUAGAAACUAUACUGAUUAUUUAGAACUGCAUUUUUUGUGAUCAUUCUAUUGUGCAAUACAAGAAGGGCAAUUUGUGCA